CAUUCUACUAUUUCGUUCUGCUGUCUGAAAGAAAGCAGAGAAAAGCAUGAAAUGGCGAAGAUGAAAAUGAGAGAAUCAUCAAAAUCCGAUUACGAAGCUCUCAGAGUCGCUCGCAUCUUAGAGAACAAGGCUAGGUUAGAAUCAUUGGGUAUUUUGAAUAAAGUUUCCAAGCUUCGAGAAGCAUCUACUCCAACAAAAAAACUACGUACAAAUGUGAAAACGGUUUACGGUCUCACUCCCCUGCGCCGAUCUCAGCGAAUCAAGGAUGUUGCCGCCAGCACAGCUACCUUUGAUGACCUCUCGUCGCGACCAUCUCACGAGAAGUUAACUACAGAGGAAGGGGAAGAAGAGAAGGAGAGACGCAUUGUAACUAGAAAUAAAUGGGAAGAAGAGAAGAGGCCUGCAAAUGCACCUCUUAUUGAACUUAAUCCAAAAGAUGUAGAGCAUUUUCUUUCAGCAGAGAGUUCUGGCAGGCGCUGCGAUAGCAAGGGUAGAGGCAGUGUUUAUAAUCCACUUUUGGGGAUAUGCUGCCAUUUUUGCAGGCAAAAGAAAUUGUGUGGGGAAGAAGAUUGCAAAAGAUGUGGGAAUUGUGACGUGGAUGAACCUUGUCUAGGAAAGACUGAUUGUUCAGUGUGUCACUCGAGCAACGGUGUCUUUUGUCGAGCCUGUCUUAAGGUUCGGUAUGGUGAAGAAAUUGAGGAGGUGAGAGAGAACAAGGAAUGGAUGUGUCCACAUUGCAUAGAAGAUAAAGGAAUAAACCCUUACUGGAUAUGUAACAGCUCAAUAUGCCUGAGGAAACGAAAGAUGUCACCAACAGGGAUUGCAAUACACAAAGCUCGGGAAAUGGGAUAUGAAUCAGUAGCACAUCUGCUAAUGGAAGAACUUAAACGUGGAAGCAGGCACAAAAGAUAAGAACAUCUUGCAAUCUCUAGUUAUAUUUUUUAAUUUGGAACAUCUUGUAAUCUAUAGUUAUAUUUUUUAAUUUGGAAGAAUUUGCUAAUUAAUAUUGAAGCUCAAUGUGGGACUUCUUCAGGCACUGAUUUGCCUUCAUUUUUAUAUAUUUGUCUGGUCCAUUAAUUUUCUUUGAUGAACGAUUUUCAUUGAUUUAUAUGUAAUCAAUGUUGGCAACAAUAAAUCACCGUAACUUGUAUUUACUUAUCUAUAUUUCAA